AAUCUCUCCGAGCCACGUGUGAGGGCAGGGCGUAGACAUGUCGAGUGAGCCUGUGAGGAAGCGUGUCAGGAACUUGGCGGGUGCUGCACGGGCGGCGGCGAGUCCCGCAAUGGCCAGGGGAGAACUGGAGGGAGAUUGCGGUCGCGGUGGUGGCGAUGAUGGCGAUGAUGGUCAGGAUGAGAAUGCUGCGGCAGUCCCGGUCUCGCGGCAUCGAAGGACAAUGGAAGACGUGGCGGAUGAAGGAGACGACGGCGAGGACGGCGAGGACGAGGUGAGGGUGGUGGUCCGCAGCGAGGACGAGAUCGGAUCGGUGAUGCGCUGCGCAAGGGUGAUGGAGCCCGGCGAGCUCGAGAGUGCGGUCGGGAGAGGCGGACGAGCUGGGGUGAUCGAGCUCGGCAUUGGUUCUGGCGACGACUCGUACGACUAUGGAGACUAUGAGAGCGACGAUGACGAGGCCGAGCUGGUGCGCGCCGCAGCGCACGAUGCGCACAUGUUUGUUCUUGCCGCCAACCAGUAUGCAGAGCGGCUGGCCGAACUCGCGCCAGGCGAUGGAGAGGCUGGGGCUGGACAGGUGUUUGAGGAGCGGCUUGCGGCGCUAGUUGCGCGGCGGGCAGUGGCGGUGGCAGCGCUGGCGCCGGAGCAUGUGGUGGCGCUGGCGGAUCGGUACGGGGCGGCGGGAUGGGCUGGUUCGCCGGCAGACGGUCUGCUUGGGCCGGGUCUGGAUCCGCUAGAUGCGGACGCGCUGGCUGCGGCGGCAGAGGCGCUGGCAAGGCAGAGGUGAGACGGAGCGGAGGAGGAGGGAUGGCACGCGAUGUUACUUUUCGAGGCGCGGGGUGACCGGGCGCGGCGGUCGCGACUGGUGGGCGAUGAGCUGCGGGAUGUCGUCGAGCUCAACGCCAUGCCAAAAGACGCGGAUGUUGACGACCGGUUCGUCCGAGUACGACAGCAGAUUGGCGUCGACGACCUGGCCGGCUGACGACGGGAGCGCCCAGAGCGCGCCGACAAGAGGAGGCUGGUGCGAGGUCUCGCGGUCGCGGAUGCGGCUUCGCAAGAUGUUGCCGACCGAGCGCGAGACCAUGAGGGCAGGCACAAGGUCUGCGGCGCGGUAGCCGGAGCCGAUCAUCUUGAAGACGACAUCGGGCGAGACGUCGCCGGAGCCGUGGUUGGCAACGACGACUGCAGUGGCGCCAGCAGCGGCCAGGUUGGCCACCUUGUCGGCAAAUGUGCACCCGCCGCGCGAGACAAGAACGAUGCGGCCCGCGUACGAUGUGGUGGUCCGCGGAAUGCGGAUGCAUGCAAGGGAGCUAGCCAGCACCAUGGGAGCGUGUACACCUUCUUCAGGAACUCGCGGGCCAAAGAGCGCCGGUGCGGCGGCAUACUCUUGCGGCGGCAGCUCGUCGCCGCUGCCGUCGACAGCGAGGACGACCGGUGCCGUGUCGACGCAGUAGCCAUGGUCUCGAUCGUUGGCCGGCGGGUUGGUGAGCAUGACCAGGUGAAUGUCGGGCGAGUCGACAGGCUUGCCGUCGACGGUGUGAACGACCAUGCCGGCACGGCCGGGCUCGCUAGCGAUACCUAGACCGGUCUCGGCCAUGUCAAGCUCCGUGCGGCGCCAGCCGGAGCUGGUCUUGGUGUAGAGAUAGAGGACCGCGACGUUGGCGCCGAGGUCGGCGGCGGCAGGGCCUGGCGGGGCCUGGGUCAGCUCGAGCUCGUCGGGGAGCGCAGCGGCGGCCGCGGCCGCGACGGCAGCGGC